AUGGAUUCCAGUGCCUCCCGGGACCUUGAGACUGCCGAAGUGCUGCCCCAGCACAAAUUUGAUCAAAGGUCCCUGGAGGACUACCUAAAUCAGCACUUGCCGGGCUUUGCAGGCGAGCCUGAGAGCACACUGUCAGUUGUUCAAUACAGAUUAGGACAGUCCAACCCAACCUUUUAUCUCCAGAAGGGCAUUAAAGCAUAUGUACUCAGGAAAAAACCACCGGGUUCACUUCUUCCUAAAGCACACAAGAUUGAUAGAGAAUUUAAAGUCCAGGAAGCCUUGCACUCAGUUGGAUUCCCUGUUCCCAAGCCUUUACUGUACUGCAGUGAUGUUUCUAUUAUUGGAACAGAAUUUUAUGUGAUGGAACACAUUCAGGGGAGAAUCUUUCGUGAUUUCACAGUUCCUGGAGUUAGCCCAGCAGAGCGCUCUGCCAUAUAUGUGAACAUGAUCGAAACCUUGGCUAGAUUACAUUCCUUGAAGGUACACACAUUGCAGCUGGAAGGAUAUGGCCAAGGAGCUGGCUACUGCCAAAGACAGAUAUCAACCUGGACUAAACAGUAUGAAGCAGCAGCCCACCAGGACAUCCCUGCCAUGAAGCAGCUAUCCGACUGGCUAACAAAAAACUUGCCAGAUAAUGACAAUGAGGAGAGUUUGAUUCACGGAGAUUUCAAACUAGAUAACAUCGUUUUCCACCCUACGGAGUCUCGAGUUACAGCAGUACUGGACUGGGAGCUUUCAACCAUUGGUCAUCCUUUGUCAGACUUAGCGCAUCUUUCCCUGUUCUAUUUUUGGCCAAGGACAGUUCCAAUGAUAAAUCAUGGUUCUCAUUUACAAGAAAACAUAGGGAUACCAUCAGUAGAAGAACUGAUUUCAAUAUAUUGCCACUGCAGGGGAAUUAAUUCUCUUCUUCCUAGCUGGAACUUUUUUCUGGCUCUUUCAUACUUUAAAAUUGCUGGAAUAUCACAGGGAGUCUAUAGGAGAUAUCUUCAGGGAAAUAAUUCAUCUGAGAGUAGCGUUUUGUUUGGCAAUAUUGUAAAACCUCUGGCGGAAACUGGAUUACAAAUCUCAAAAAGAAAUUUUAGUACUGCACUGCCACAGAUUGAUGCGACUGGACAAUUGUUUGUACAGACCAGGAGAGGCCGGGAAGUUCUAAGUAGGGUGAAGCAUUUCAUGAAACAACAUGUCCUUCCAGCUGAAAAAGAGGUAAUUGAGUUCUAUGUUCAAAAUGGAAAUUCUGUGGAUAAGUGGAAAACACCUUUAGUGAUUGAUAAACUUAAGGAAAUGGCCAAAGCCGAGGGCCUUUGGAACCUGUUUCUGCCAGCUCUAAGUGGACUCAGCCAUGUGGACUAUGCCUUGAUUGCUGAAGAAACAGGAAAAUGCUUUUUUGCUCCAAAUGUCUUUAACUGCCAAGCACCAGACACAGGGAACAUGGAGGUGCUGUACCUAUAUGGAAGUGAAGAACAGAAGCAGCAGUGGCUUGAACCUCUUCUUCAAGGAACCAUUACCUCCUGCUUCUGUAUGACAGAGCCUGAUGUCGCUUCAAGUGAUGCCACCAAUAUUGAAUGUAGCAUCCAGAAAGAUGGUGAUAGCUAUGUAAUUAAUGGCAAAAAAUGGUGGAGCAGUGGAGCCGGGAAUCCAAAAUGCAGUAUUGCAAUCCUUAUGGGAAGAACUAAAAAUUCUCCAGAGUGCAGACACAAACAGCACAGCAUGAUUCUUGUUCCUCUCAGUACACCUGGAGUAGUUGUUAAAAGGCCUCUGUCAGUUUUUGGCUACAUGGAUAAUUUACAUGGAGGACAUUUUGAGAUCCAUUUUAAUCAAGUGCGAGUUCCUGCCACCAAUUUAAUACUAGGUGAAGGAAGGGGAUUUGAAAUUGCCCAAGGCCGCCUUGGACCUGGCAGAAUCCACCACUGCAUGAGAACAGUUGGUGUGGCGGAACGUGCUUUACAGAUCAUGUGUGAACGUGCAACACAAAGGGUGGCCUUUACGAAGAAACUAUAUGCACACGAAGUCAUUGCCCACUGGAUUGCUGAAAGUCGCAUUGCCAUAGAGCAGAUCCGCUUGUUGACCCUGAAAGCUGCCCAUAGCAUCGAUACCCUGGGCAAUGUUCAUGCAAAGAACGAGAUUGCCAUGAUCAAAGUGGCUGCCCCGCGAGCAGUCUGUAAAAUCAUUGACCGGGCCAUCCAAGUGUGUGGAGGUGCAGGUGUUUCCCAGGACUACCCUCUGGCUAACAUGUAUGCCCUAAUCCGGACUUUGCGCUUGGCAGAUGGCCCUGAUGAAGUUCACCUCUCAGCAAUUGCUGGAACGGAGCUGCGCAACCAAGCUAAAAGGCUGUCGGCCAAAAUGUAG